ACGAGCUCCGGCCAACGCAGAGAAACAUGAGGCCGGUGCUGUGCGGAGCGCUUUUCGCCUCGCUAUUGGCGGCCUGCUGGGGUGACUUCGGCGGCGGUGGAGGACAUGGAGGUGGCGGGGGAGGCAGCAGCUACAGCGCCCCGCCUAUCAGCAGUGGUGGUGGAGGCGGAGGAUACGGAGGAGGAGGUGUGAGCAGCAGCUACAGCGCUCCUUCAGGUGGUGGAGGAAUGUAUGGCGGCAGCAGCGGUGGCGGAGGAGGAGGUUAUGGUGGAGGCGGCGGCGGAGGAGGAGGUGGGGGAGGAUACGGAGGAGGAGGUGCAGUAAGCAGUAGCUACAGCGCGCCGGCUCCAAGUGGAGGAGGAAUGUAUGGCGGCGGCGGUGGCGGAGGAGGAGGGGGUGGCGGCUAUGGUGGCGGCUCCUCUGGUGGCGGCGGCGGCUAUGGCGGUGGUGGCUCUUCUGGUGGCAGCGGCGGCGGCUAUGGCGGUGGUGGCUCAUCUGGUGGCGGCGGCGGCUACGGCGGAGGAGGCUCCUCUGGUGGCGGAGGAGGCGGCUACGGGGGCGGUGGCUCUUCCGGUGGUGGUGGCGGCUAUGGCGGUGGCUCCUCUGGUGGCGGUGGCGGCGGCUACGGCGGCGGUGGCUCCUCUGGUGGCGGUGCUGGCUAUGGUGGCGGCACUUCAGGUGGCGGCGGCGGCGGCGGCGGCGGCGGCUAUGGUGGCGGUUCCUCUAGUGGCGGCGGCGGCUAUGGUGGCGGCUCCUCUGGUGGCGGCGGCGGCGGCGGCUACGGCGGUGGCUCUUCUGGUGGCGGGGGCGGCGGAGAUGGCGGUGGUGGCUCCUCUGGUGGCGGCGGCGGCGGCUAUAGUGGCGGCUCCUCAGGUGGCGGCGGCGGCGGCUACAGCGGCGGUGGCUCUUCUGGUGGUGGCGGCGGCUAUGGCGGUGGCUCUUCUGGUGGCGGCGGCGGCUAUGGCGGCGGCUCCUCUGGUGGCGGCGGGGGUGGUUAUGGCGGUGGCGGCUCCUCUGGUGGUGGUGGCGGCUAUGGUGGCGGCUCCUCUGGUGGGGGCGGCGGCGGCUUUGGCGGCGGCUCCUCUGGUGGGGGCGGCGGCGGCUAUGGCGGCGGCUCCUCUGGUGGGGGAGGCGGCGGCUAUGGCGGCGGCUCCUCUGGUGGGGGAGGAGGCGGCUAUGGCGGCGGCUCCUCUGGUGGGGGCGGCGGCGGGUAUGGUGGCAGCUCUUCCGGUGGUGGCGGCGGCGGCUAUGGUGGCGCCUCUUCUGGUGGGGGAGGUGGCGGCUAUGGCGGCGGCUCUUCCGGUGGUGGUGAUGGUGGCUAUGGUGGCGGCUCCUCUGGUGGCGGGGGCGGCGGAUAUGGCGGUGGUGGUUCCUCUGGUGGCGGUGGUAUGUAUGGGAAGUAAACUACCCCAAACAGCAGCAGCAGCACCCCGUCCACCAUUCCUCCGCUCAGCGUCCUCAACAGCCCCUCACCACAACACCCACUCACCCCAACUAGUCGACUCUUUCUCACAACCCUUUCUCACCAUUCCCCACCCAGCCACCCAUUCACGAACCUUUCGCUGUAUCUUAUGCCACAUUUUCCCGUCCUUGUUACAUAGAGUUAUUUUUAAGUUUGUGUGUAUGUUUCUGUGUGUUUAUCUAUAUACGUACGUAUAUCUGCCCAUGCAUGUAUACUAUGUACUGUCGAAAAAUUUGCCCGAAAUAUAUUUUUUUGGGACGUCGAUCACAAA